CACCUACCGACCCCCCUCAGUAUCGUAGUGGUUCAUUCCAAAUCCAAAAUGGCUGCCAAAGUCUGAAAUUUUUUGCCGAAAGAGUUGAUGACAGCUGUUGAGGACGAUACGGCGCACAUUUGACUCCUUCACUUAUUUCAAGGCGAUUACAUCGACUUCUGGCAGGGACAGUCGGUGUGACCAGGUAGAGAUGGAGUUCCAGGCUGUAGUGAUGGCAGCAGGGCGGGGCUCCCGUAUGACUGACCUGACAGCCAGCAUCCCCAAACCCCUCCUCCCCGUCGGGAACAGACCCAUGAUCUGGUACCCUGUCAACAUGCUGGAAACAGCAGGAUUUCAAGAGGUGAUAAUCAUCGCGCUAGAGUCGACCAGCCAUGACAUCCGUCAGGCGCUCACGGCUAUGUGUGACGUCAAGGUCAGUCUGGACAUCGUGGGGAUCCCUGAUGAUGCAGACUGGGGCACGGCAGACUCCCUGAGACACAUCAAAGACAAGAUACAGACAGAUCUCCUGGUGGUGAGUUGUGACCUGGUGUGUAGCGUGCCCCUACACCAGCUGGCAGAUAUCCACCGCAUGCACAACUCCACCCUCACCAUGUUACUGGCAGAUCUGCCGCAAACAACCGACUCUGCCGGCAUACUCAAAUCUAAAAAAAUAGGAAAUGAACAGCGUGAUUUUAUCGGACUAGACGGGGAUGGGCGCAGAGUGGUGAUCAUGGCAUCAGAGGCUGAUCUGGACGACGCUCUCACAGUCAGACGUUCAGUCCUCAAAAGACACCCCUGUGUGAGGGUCAAGACAAAGCUACAAGAUGCACACCUGUUUCUGUUGAAGAAGUGGGUGGUGGAUUACCUCCAGCAGAACAGGUCUGUGUCCACUAUAAAAGGAGAACUUGUCCCCCUGUUGGUGAGGAAACAGUUCUCACGGCGGAAGAAACCUGCAGACGUCAGCAAGGCGGCAGACCUGUCUAUGGUGUCUCCACCUUCUACUAAGGAAGACAACUUAGACAUUCACAGUUUUGAUGAAGAUGAUGAGAUGACCGUGCUGACCAGGAGUUUAUCGUCCGGAGCUGGACAGAGGGUGGACGGUACACAGGACAGCACCAUCACAUGUUACACCCACAUCGUCACAGAGGGGAUGUGUGUCCGCGCGAACACACUCCCCAGCUACGUGGAGGCUAACAAACAGAUCCUACAUGAGCUGGCAGGGGGCGAUGAAGUACUAGUACAUCCAUCCAUCACAACAAAGGGAAAAUAUCAGAUUGGACCAGAAUGCCUGGUUGGGGAGGGGGUGAGUUUGGGUGACAAGGUGACCUUGAAGAAAUCCAUCAUCGGAAAACAUUGUACCAUCGGGGAUCGGGUGAAGAUCACCAACUCUGUCAUCAUGAACCACGUCACCAUCAAGGAUGGAUCCAUUCUGCAAGGCUGUGUGGUGUGUGAUAAUGCACACAUCGGGGACCAGUCUGAGCUGAAGGACAGUCUUGUGGGCAGUUCUCAAAACAUCCCCAGUAAAGCCAAAUACAGCAACGAGGUCAUAGUGAAUGAGGAACAAAUGCUGGAGGUAUAAAGCCAUCAUCGGGAUGCUGGGCUGAAACACUUUGACUCUCAGAGCUAGCUUCCAGUACACGUUCAAGUUUUAUCUUACACUCGAAGGGGUAAUGACACAAGUCAUAACUACGGCCAUGAAUAUAGUUACGGUCAUUCUUGAGAAAUACAACAAAUAAAUGACUGGGUUACUCUGUUACAUAUAUAAUGACACAUUGAAUAAAUUGGUGUAAAACACA